AUGUAUGGCUGCCGCCUGCCGGUGCUGGGAAUCGAAUCGACGAAGAAGCUGGCUCCACGCGCCGCCUACGAUGACCUUCGGCGGAGCUUCUCGGGGUCAGUAUGGGUCAUCCAUCUUCGUUGCCGGUUGAUGAGCAGCAAAAUGCAUCGAACCAUGGGAAUGGAUGCGGUGCUGGGAAGGUCCAUCGUGGCGACGGCGACGAGGACGGACCUUCCCGGCAUGGCCGCCGCCGCGGACUCCGCGCGCUCAGCCGUCAGUCCUCAUGGACAUUUUCCACCCACCCCUCGCCUCCAUUCUUUAUCUCCCUCCCUCCCCCGCCUCCACCAGCGAGCCCCUCUGCUCUCCCUUGCUCCGAUCUGGUGGAGCCGCCGCCCCCAACCUCUCUCUCCGACUUCGAUCCGCCGCCGCCUCCAACCGCUCCCACCCUGCUCCUCUUCCCCUCCUCCUCGGGCAGCCCAGUUGUCGUCGCGAUUGAGGACCAGAGACGCGGGCGGGGAGCUCGAGGCGGAGGAGCAGCAGCAGCGGCGGCGACGGCGAGUCAGGGCAAGGCCAGCAGCGUUGGGGUUCGUCUCCUUCAUCGGGAGGGUGCUCGUCGCCUCCGUCUUCCUCCUCUCCGCCUACCAAGAAGGAGGAAGCAAACUUGCCCGGCAAGAAGGGAUCCCUCAAGCUGGACGAAUGGGUGCUGUGCCGGCUUUAGAACAAGAAGAACAACUGGGAGAAGGUCAAGGUGGAGCAGCACAUGGCUGUGGAGGCAUGGCCUGGACGCUCGUCAACCUCGGCCACUUCGUGAUUACAUACCACUUCUUCCACUGGAAGAAGGGAACUCCAUUCGCUGAUGAUCAGGGGAUGUAUAAUAGAUGACUUGGUGGGAGCAAAUGGACAACGGCAAGCAGCUUACUCACAACAGAAAAUUUCUUGUUGUGGUUCAUGUAGUCCUGUAUGUGUUAUUCUGUUUCAAUUUUAUUAAUACUGCUUUUGGGAGCUUACUUGGCAAGGAACAACAUGGCAGGAUGUAUGCACAAAGAUUGAUUCUGGCUAGUCAGAAAUACUACACUUAUUCAUUAAUUAUGCAAAGAACACUUGUUUGUAACAUCUAGGUCUAACUUGCAUAUUCACGCCAUCAUACAUGUGUAAGGAUUGGGCAUUGCUCUAUUGCUCUAUUCACGCCAUUAUACAUGUGUAAAAAUUGAUGUUCAAUUAA